CUCACGCUUCCCAGUUAUAUUUGACCAUUUGUAAACAAAAGAGGGCGCUGUUUAUCAUAACAGUGGUGCCGUUUGCUUGUUGCACGUGGGAACGUGGUGCUUGCUCCGUGUUCCUUGAAUUGACUAGAUCGCGAUAUCCAUGCAUAUGAGACCAGCAUGACUAGAGCUGCCUGUGUGGCACUGGCAGGUCCAAAGUGGGCGUGUAAAUAAAUUCGGCAGACUGUGCUAAUCUGUAACUUUAUUCCUUUGGGACAUGCCUGCGCCUGAGAUCUGAAAUAUCAUCAGUGCAGUAUGGCAGACGAGUCAGAGUGGGAACACUUGUCGGGAAAGGAGCUUGAUAAUUUGGUCUCUCCCUCUCAUUGGAGCAACCGUCUACAUUUAUUCCCUAAUAUAGUGGAGCAUUUCCUGACCACAAUUGCCAGUGAAACCAAGUCAAUAAAGAAGUGCAUAGCCCACGAGUUGAACAUUAACUAUGGAGAGGGCAAAUUCCAAAAGUUGGAUCUUUAUCUGCCGCCGCAUCAAACUGAAGAUUCCCCGGUUCUCAUCAGUAUUCAUGGUGGGUACUGGCAAGCCUCAAGCAAGGAUGAUUAUGGAUUAUUUGCCUGGCAUCCUGCAAAACAAGGAGCUGUAGUAGCAGUGGUGAACUACACAAUUGCACCAAUGGGUACCCUCCCGCAAAUGAUCAAUGACGUCGAACAAGCUGUUUUGUACAUGGCGAAGAAGUUCCCCAAAGCAAGGUGAGCUUUCAAGUCAAUC